GCACGUAACGUCUACAGAGGAGGCUGUCUUUAAAUACCGGGAGACGCCGCCUCCACAGCCACCACUUCUGCGGAAAAGCUGCACUCAGGAGGAGCCACAUUCCAGCUCGUGCUUUCGCCUUUUUAUUCUAACCGAACUCUCAAGAUGUCCACCAAGGAGAAGCUGAUUAGCCAUGUAAUGAAGGACGAGCCUGUUGGAAGCAGGAACAAGGUGACAGUGGUGGGAGUUGGCAUGGUGGGCAUGGCCUCCGCCAUCAGCGUACUGCUCAAGGACUUGUGCGAUGAGCUGGCCCUGGUUGAUGUGAUGGAGGACAAGUUGAAGGGUGAGGCCAUGGACCUGCAGCACGGAUCCCUCUUCCUCAAGACACACAAGAUCGUGGCCGACAAAGACUACAGUGUGACAGCCAACUCCAAAGUGGUGGUGGUGACUGCUGGUGCCCGCCAGCAGGAGGGCGAGAGCCGUCUUAACCUGGUGCAGCGCAACGUCAACAUCUUCAAGUUUAUCAUCCCCAACAUUGUCAAGUACAGCCCCAACUGCAUCCUGAUGGUGGUCUCUAACCCAGUGGACAUCCUGACCUAUGUGGCCUGGAAGCUGAGCGGUUUCCCCCGUCACCGCGUCAUUGGUUCUGGCACCAACCUGGACUCUGCCCGUUUCCGCCACCUCAUGGGAGAGAAACUGCACCUCCACCCUUCCAGCUGCCACGGCUGGAUCGUCGGAGAGCACGGAGACUCCAGUGUGCCAGUGUGGAGCGGUGUGAAUGUUGCUGGAGUUUCUCUGCAGGGCCUCAACCCAAAAAUGGGGACUGAGGGUGACAGUGAGAACUGGAAGGAGGUUCAUAAGAUGGUGGUUGAUGGAGCCUAUGAAGUUAUCAAGCUGAAGGGCUACACUUCCUGGGCCAUAGGCAUGUCUGUGGCUGACCUGGUGGAAAGCAUCAUGAAGAACUUGCACAAAGUGCACCCUGUGUCCACACUGGUCCAGGGCAUGCAUGGAGUGAAGGAUGAGGUCUUCCUGAGUGUCCCUUGUGUCCUGGGUAACAGCGGCCUGACAGAUGUUAUUCAAAUGACACUGAAGCCUGAGGAGGAGAAGCAGCUGGUGAAGAGCGCUGAGACCCUGUGGGGCGUGCAGAAGGAGCUCACCCUGUGAAGAGCGCUCCUCUGAAUUCUCCAAUCCACAGCAAGAACACACCAACAAUCAUGUGGUUAACCCCCACCUACUGUACCUCCUGUGUCCCUCACGGCAAUGGGCGAAUGAGACGUUUGAAUAUCUAAAAAGGCCAAGUGUUUGUAGCUAAACCAGUGGAAGCUAGAUUUUACCUUCAGAUAUUUACGCAUGAGUGUCGUUUGUUCCUUUGCCGCCUCCUACCUGUCUUCCUCUCUCAUGACUGAAUUUUUGGAAACAAAGCUAGUUACCUUUAGCCUUUGUUCUCAGCCUGUGUUGGAGAGAGGUGGUAUCUUAUCUGUUGUCCUGUCUAUAAAUCACUCGUAAGGCCUUGGCAUACUGAGCAUAUAUACUCUAUGUACUGUAUGUUACUGUGUACUGUUGCUGUUUCUUCUGUACACUCCUUGUUCGUAGUUAGUAUGUAUUCUGUAAUUGUCACCCGUUGUUUUUUUUUCCACUUGGUAAUCUCUGUUUAUUUUUUUUAUUUGGAGUAAAAUGGAGACAUUCCAUUCUCUAUGAGGAGGGCUUCCUGUCCAACUAGAGUCAUAACAACACUGCUGCACAUAUCACUGGGCCAAAAUCCUGUGAUACCAAAGUACCUUAUCAGUUCAGAAGAGCAAUGCUACAUCUACUGGUUGGCAUUGAAGCCUUUGAAAACAAACUUAACCACAAGUGCACUGACAGAAAAACCUAUUUAAAAGGCAAGCUGCUGACAAGAAAGGUUACAUCUGAGAGAAUUAAAGGGGUUGCUAACAAGGUGAUUUGCCAUAAUUUAACUCAGUAAAGACAUAACAGAGAGCCAAUGGGAAAGACUCAGCUAGGAUCAUGACCUAGGGUCAAGUAAUGAAUCAUAACAAAAGGUAACAAUCCUGAAGAAGGUUUUUUGUUUGCGCACCCUAAAUACCCUCAAAGGGUCUUGUAUUUAUUUUACUCCACCUGACUCUGAAAUAAAGAACAUUGAGAGAAAAUUAUUUAUGACCAUUAAUACGGUCAAGAUCUAUUUAUGUAUUAAUGUUACAACAUUAGAAACGGUUGAUCGAUUACUCACUGAGGAAACUACUUGUCAUGGCAGCUGGAUAAACAUUUUAUUUGCCGUAACAUCAAAUAAAUCUGCCAGGAUGAUGAUGAUA